AUGAUGGGCGCACAUUGGGAGUCUCCAGGAGACACAGUCGAAGUCAGCAUGAACCCAAACCCAAAGAUGCUUCCAGUUGGCUCUGUCAAAGACGCGCGAUAUCUCCCUUACAAAGUACAACCGGACAUUGAAGGGGGCGAACAUGUGAUGAAGCUCCUGAAAGCCGCUGGCUUCAACGUCAAAGCAGCUCCUACAUUCGACUGGAUACAUGACACUUUCUUGAUCAUCAUCCGCAUGUUUCCACAUUGCAUUCCACUUCCUACGACUAUCGUCUCCAUGAAUGCACGAUACGAAUCGCACUUCCAUCUCAAGAUAGGCGCCGCGCUUCGCCCAUUACGCUAUGAGGACACACUGAUUAUCGGAAGCGGAGGUUCCGUACAUAAUUUGUAUCGCAACCAUUGGGCAGAUAUGAUGUUGUACCGUGACAAUUUUGCUCAGCCUGUUCCACCGGGAACGUGGGCUUUGGAGUUCAGGCAGGCUGUGGAGGACAAUAUCACCAACAACACGGGUCCAGAGCUCCGAAGAGCCAUCACGAGAAUGAUGAAGCACCCUAGAUACAAGGAUGCACAUGGGACAGAUGACCAUUGGAUGGCUUCGCUCUUUGCGGUCGGUGCUGCUGGAGGGAAGGAUGAUCAAGGCCCAAACACGAUGAUUGCUGAGUGCUGGGAGCUGGUCAACAUGUGCAAUACUCAGUAUCAGCUUGGUAGUUGGGAUGCAUACAAACCAAUGUAA